GAAGCGCUCAUGUCAAAACGUAACGGUAGUCGGUGUUUCGUAGGCCUAUCAUAUCGGUCAAUCAUGCAAUAGACAUGGACGGAAAAAUCGCCAUCACGGGAAUCGGGUGUAGGUAUGGUGAUGGAGUGUCUGGAUCACGAGAGAUUUGGGACAUGUUAAAAGAAAACAGAGACUGCACAGGCCCUCAUCCAGCCAAUCGAUUUAAUACAUCGUUCUACCUCUCUCCUGGUGAAAAGAAAAAGGGCAAAAUCUACACUAAGGCAGGUGGCUAUCUGAAACAAGAUCCUAUGAUGUUUGAUCGACAGUUCUUUAAGAUGUCUCCAGACGAAGCUAACCACAUGGACCCACAAGUGCGGAUUCUUCUUGAAGUAGUUUGGGAAACUUUGGAAGAUGCGGGAAUUCCUUCAGAUACACUGCGUGGUUCAAACACUGGAGUCUAUAUGGGCGUCACUGCUAAUGAAUACAUCACAUUGACUGGAUUACCACAGAGUAAUGUCAGUCAAUACACAAAUUCAGGAACCAACUCUUGCAUGAUCUCUAAUCGUAUAUCUUACGAAUUCGAUUUACGAGGACCCAGCUUUUCCAUUGACACUGCCUGUUCUUCAUCUCUAUACGCUGUACAAAUUGCCUGUGAUGCUUUAAGAGGGGGAAUUUGUGACACGGCAAUUGCCGGAGGAGUCAAUAUCAUACUUACUCCUACCGCUACAAUUGGAUUUUGUCAAGCCGGAAUGCUUUCUCCCGACGGGCAGUGUAAAAGUUUUGACGAAUCAGCUAACGGUUACAGCCGAAGUGAAGGUGCAGGGUCAGUAGUACUCAAACCUCUAAAGAGGGCUAUAGAAGACGGAGAUAGAAUUUAUGCAGUGAUUCGAGGGGGCGCUUUAACAAAUGAUGGACGGACACCUGGGAUUGCAAACCCAAGCUUCGACGCUCAGAUUGAUCUUGUUGAGAAAGCUUGUGCAGCAGCUAAGGUAGAUCCAUGGGACGUCGCAUAUAUUGAAGCUCAUGGAACUGGUACUCCUGUUGGUGACAGGACAGAAGCAAAUGCUAUUGGUGAAGCAAUGGGCAAGCGACGUGCCGAUGACGCCGCACCUCUGUUUAUCGGUUCCAUAAAAUCUAACGUAGGGCAUUCAGAGGGGGCUGCAGGUGUAGCAGGUGUUAUCAAAACAGCAUUGUCGUUGUACCAUCGAGAAAUUCCAGGUGUUGCUAAUUUCAAACGUGGUAAUCCUAACAUCAAUUUCAAAUACUUGAAGCUAAGAGUGCCUACUUCAAUCACUCCGUGGCCUGUGGGAUCAAAGCUUCUUGCAGGCUGUAGUUCAUUUGGGUUUGGUGGAGCCAAUGCUCAUAUAGUCCUUGAAGCACCCCCAGUGAAGCAACUCUACAGUCAGACACACUGUGACGAUUAUAGUUCAUCAUCUUCCCCUGUGUCCUACUUCAUGUUAAUGCUUUCCGCAAAGUCACCUAAAGCACUUCAGCAAAAAUAUGUUAAUUGGACACAAUUCCUCUCAAAUACUCUUGAUUCAAAUCCUGCUGUGUUUCAGAACGCGUUAUACACUGCAAAUAUGAGGGCCCAACAUCUUGCGCAGAGAACUACUUUUAUAGCAAAAUCCAGAGAUGAACUAAUGAUACUACUGAAGAAACAAGUAAAUGGAGAACACUCUGACACUAUCAUCGAAGGCAAAGCACCAGAAGGCAAUUCUAUCAAUAGAACAGUGUUUGUCUUCUCUGGUAUGGGGACACAAUGGUGGGGAAUGGCAAGGCAACUAAUGAAAACACAACCCAUAUUCAGCAAUGUCAUAAAGUUAAUAGACGAACUUCUGUGGAAAAUUGGAGCAAAAUGGUCGCUGGUUCACAUAUUGUCGGACGAAGAAGAUAAAACGAGGAUUAAUGAUACAGAAAUUUCACAAACCUGCAUUUGUAGCAUACAAGUCGGAUUAGUUGAGUUGUACAAACAUUAUGGAGUUACACCGAGUGCCAUCAUUGGCCAUAGUGUUGGUGAAGUUGCAGCAGCCUACGCUGCAGGACUUCUAAGUCUAGCUACUGCUAUUAGAAUCAUAUUCAAAAGAGGACAUCUCCUGAGAAAGACAAGUGGGUCAGGAACUAUGGCUGCAGUUCUUCACGACAUUGAUGAUGUUCAGACACAACUGAAAUCUACUAUCACAUAUAUAGACGUGGCUGCUAUCAAUAGUCCUUCACAAAUCGUGCUUUCUGGCAAAAACGAAUCAAUAAAAGAGUUUACUUCUAAACUGAAUGAAGACGGAAUACAGACGAGAGUACUGAAGGUUAAUAAUGCAUUUCACAGUCGUCAACAGGAAAUUCUUAAAAUAGAAUUCUACAAAAAAACAAAAUUCUUGAAGAAGGUAAUGCCUUCAAAAGAGCAGAGGCCUCUAAUUCCAAUGAUGUCAACGGUGACUAACAGUUAUUUGACCUUGCAAGAAGCAAAUCAGUCUGACUACUGGUGGGCCAAUAUUCGCCGUCCGGUGCAAUUCAAGGGUGCAGUUGAAGCUAUUCUUAAGGAUGGCUACAAUAGCUUCAUUGAAAUAGGAGCUCACCCAGUGCUGUCACCUGCAAUCCAAGACAUUGUCGCUUCCAAACCGAACAAGCCAACUAUUUAUUUUAUUACCCACUCACUUAAACGACCACGUGAUAUAAGUUCUUCAGCAAAUGAUACCCUUAAUAUUAAUAUAUCAUUAGCACAGAUGUAUGUGAACGGUUACCCCGUGGAAAUGGGUCCCUUUUUUGAAGGUUGUAACUGUGAAGUAGUAUCGUUACCUAUGUAUCCAUGGCAACGUGUCGAAUGCUCUGCAGCGACUGAAACAAGUAAUGCAAGUAUGCGUUUUUCUAAUUCUUGUCAUCCGCUUCUCGGUGACCCAGAAACAUCCGCCAACUAUUCUCAAAAUCCAAAUCUUCAUGUUUGGAAAUCUAAAAUCGGAACUGACAAAGAACCAUGGAUUGCUGACCACGUUGUCCAGGAUAGUAUAAUUUUUCCUGCUACUGGAUACAUUGAGAUAGCCAUUGCGGCACACUAUCAACUGUUUACAACUGCUCCUGUAAUAGUUAUGUCUGAUCUCCAUUUUGACCGUUUUUUGUUUGUCUCUGAGACCGGUAUUCUUUCAGAAACAACAACUAAGAUAGAAUCUAAUGAAUCAGCAGUAUUCUCAUUUUGCUCAUUCAAUGCACUAGAGAGAAGGUGGACGCCACAUUCAACAAUGAAGUUAUUAUCAAGUGCUAACAUAUGUGAAGAGACAACUGAGCAUAGAUGUCUUCCCAUAAAUGACAUCAUAAAUAGAUGCCCUGGUGAACUGGAUAAAUCUGGUUUUUAUGCAAACAAGAAGCAAGUAGGUUUCUAUCUUGGAGAAGCUUUUUUGUGUAUUGAAAAGGCAAAUUUUAGUCCAGUGGUUGACGAAGCACUUAUCUACCUUCGGGCACCAGACGCUGUGGCUGCACAGUACAAUCGUUUUUAUGUCCAUCCUGCAUUUCUUGACGGUAUAUUUCAGGGAAUGGCUGGCAUUGAGCGUCAACAAAUGAAGACCAAAAAUCCGAAUGCAAAGGCUGAGGGACGUGUUCCUAGAUCUGUCGAGAGAAUUUAUUUCCAAAAAGUUGUAUUUCCUCACAAUGUAUUACUCCACUAUACCAUAACAAGUAGUGGAGAAGAUGUGUAUUCAGACGUGUAUAUUGCUCAUGGAGAAACGUACAAAAUAAUUGGUAAAUUUGAAAAAAUUCGGUUUGGAUACGUUGGGAGCCACACUUUAUACAAACAACCUCACAUUUGGAAUAGAAAAUGGAUUUCCACAAAAUUGAGAAAAAAAUCUUUCGAUGCCAGUGGCCUUACGAUAAUAACGGGAGAUGAUGAGGAGCUUUCUGUACAACUUCAAAGCACACUGACCUCAGUGGGAAUUUUGUCAAAAAUAGACACUAAUGGAGGUGAUAAAUCUGAGCAGGUUGAGCAGGUAGGCAUAGAGAAUGAACCUAUGUCCAAUGUUAUUAUUGUUAUUAAGCCUGGCAACACUAACGAUAUGCAUACAUUUUCUAAAGAAGAAUUUUUGGAACAGCAAUAUCAGACAGCCAGCAUGUGCAUCAAUCAAUACAAUUUUUUAUCUUCAAUAGAAAAGAUAAAUCCAAACAUAUGGCUUAUUACACGAGAUGGAUUUUAUGUCACCAAGGAUGACAUGAUCGAUCCUCGGCAGGCUUCAGCUUACGGAUUUGGUCUUUCUAUUAUACAAGAAGAUGUAAAUUUCAAGCUUACAAUUCUCGAUAUUCCAUCAGAAAUCGAUACCAUAACCACCGCUAAGUGGUUGCUGGAAUACAUCUGGAAGAUAGAUAAUGAUGCAAGAGGCAUUGCAUUGCGAAAUUCUUUGUCUGACUCGACAGAAUAUUUCGAUGUAUUUUCUCUUCGUCUAUGUGUAAGUAAAAGUGAUUACUUUCAACACAAACUUUUAUCGAAAAAGUGGAAGUUAGACGUUAGCCGAAGCUUCCAAACCGGGAAACUAUUAACAACAGCCUGUUAUGCUUUGGAGGAUAGCAUAUCUACACAAUUAAUAACUGUGAAUAUUGAAUCAUUUCAACUUCUUAAAUCUACCACAGAAACGACCUCCGAAAAGGCUCAACCAGUUGUCUUGUUUUGUGGACAUUCAGAACAAUCUAGGUUAGUGAUGGGUGUUUGUUCUGCCAGAGAAUUACGAUCUACACUACACUAUAAAUGGCAUGAACUAAUUAGCAUUACUAGCAAGCUUCCAGCUGCCCAAGUAAUAAAUAUUGUCACUUCAUAUUUUGUUCCAUACAUGGCUGUUCAUGAUUUGCCGCUAGAUGGCACUACCGUCGUCUGUAUGUCAUCUAAUAAAGACAAACAAGGCUUAGCAGUUGCACACAUAGCGGUAGAGCUAGGUCACACAGCUGUAGUAGCAGUUAAAGAUCUAUCCAAUGAGAAUGGAGUUCACCUAAGGUCAUUUAAAUCAGUGCUUAUUGUAGAUGUUAAAGAGAUUUGUACAGUUUUAGACGAACAAAGUGUUGGCUGUGUAAUUGGGUCCGAAAAUGUUGUAAGCGAAGUACUAAUGUCUGGAGCAAUAGAAAGAAAACUAAAACCAUUUGCUACAAUUGAAAUACUCAAAUCAAACAAACCAAGUUAUCGUAGUUCCAACUUUGCAUUUCCUGUAAACGCAAAGGUUGUAAUGAAAAAUUACGAAUUACCUUUGAUUGAAGGAUUUCAACAAAUUUCACCUCUUAUUGACAAGUUAUUACUUUUGUUUGAGAGGACAUCUUCUAUACACCCUUUACAAGACGUUAUUCCACAGAUCAUGGAUUUGAAAGACGUGGAUACUCAACAUAAUAUUUCUUUCAAUGAUGUCACCUUUUCAUUUGAUGGAGAUGCCGUUCCUGUAAAUUAUGACUUUGCUGAGAGUAAAAUUAAAUUUAGCAAACACGAGUCAUAUAUCGUUACCGGUGGUACAAAAGGAUUUGGAUUAUGUCUUGUAGAGUGGCUUGCAAGCAAUGGAGCUGGAUGUAUUAAUAUCUUAAGUCGAUCCGAGCCUGAUUCUGAGGCUCAGGUAAGGUUGGACUGUCUGAGAAAAUCUGAAACAACAAUAGUUUAUAUUAAGACUGAUAUUACAGAUAGAACAGGUGUAGAAAGUGCUUUCAAAAGAAUUGUUAAAGAUUCGUGUAAGCCAUUAUCAGGUAUUUUCCAUUGUGCGGCGCAGUAUGAUGACAGACUAAUCAAAGAUAUCACAUCAGAUAACUGGAAGAAAGUGAUGGCGGCUAAAUCAUGGGGUGCUCUGUUGUUGCAUCGGACUUCAAUCAAGUUUAACAUGCAGCUGAAAUACUUUGUAAUGAUUUCAUCCAUGGUUCAAAUGGUUGGAAAUACCGGUCAGGCGAGUUAUUGUGCUGCUAAUAGAUACCUUUCAUCUCUUCUAUAUUCCCGGAGAAGUAAAGGUUUACCGGCAACUGUCUUCUGUCCAGGAAUUAUUCAAGACACUGGAUUUGCAGCUGCUCGGAAAGGACUUCUUGACUUUUGGGAAAGAAAAGGAAUUGAAAGUCUGACAGCAGUAGAGUUACUAAAUGUGCUUGGUGUUAUACUUUUAAGUGAUAUUUCAGAAAUUGGCAUAAGUGGACAUUUUCGAGUUCAUGACUUUAUGUCAAGUAUGAGUGGACUUGUUAAAGAGUACACGAACAGUGAUAUUGAUGAAAUAGGUUUUAUUGAAUUGGGGUUUUCUCUACCAUCAUUAGAUGCAAGAGAGGAUGAAAUUAACUUACAACAUGGAGAUCCAGAUGAGGCUAAACUGAUUAUUUUACAGUCCAUUUGUGGAUUAAUUUCAAAGCGUCUAGGCAUAGCUAGUGACAUAUCGCCAGAUUCUUCACCCUCUUCGCUUGGAGUUGAUUCGUUGAUGUCAACUGAGUUGAGUGGAGUGAUUCAAGCCAACUUUAAGGUUCCACUUUCACCGUUAGAAUUAAUGAAUGCAAAUAUGUCAGUUCAGGCAUUAUCAGCUUUAAUAUACAAAAGAAUUAUGGCGAAAGGUAAGGUUGGGGAGCAAGAAAACGAGGAAGACGAAGAUGACACCUCUUGGAAAACCUGGUAUAUCAUGGAUGAAAAAGUGACAUCUCCAAAUAUCCAACUUAUUUGCUUUCCACCAAAUGGGGGCGGUCCGUCUGUAUAUGCUUGGUGGCAACAUAAAUUGAGUAAUCAGAAUAUCCAGUUAAUAAUGGCACAGCUACCCGGUUGGGAAGGACGUCAUCUGGAGAAGCCCCUUCAAAACCUCGACGAAAUAACGAACCAGCUAACUAAACAUCUAGUUCGUCGGCUUAUCCCAGGUAGAUUUGUUUUAUUUGGACACAGCAUUGGAGGACUAAUCGCAUUUGAGGUUGCCCAUCUUCUCAAAGACAGUGGUCUACAAGCGGCCCACAUCAUUGUCAGUUCGUGGUACGCUCCAACGUUAGGUUAUCCUAACGCGAUCGAUCUUGAAAGGGGGCCGAGUAUUUUACGACAAAUGGAAGUAGAUAUCAAGAAAAAUAUUCGACUCACCGACAACAAGGCUAUGAGGCUUUCCUUUCUUGAUGAUGAGGUGUUGAGUAACCCUAAGCUGAUGCGACGCCUUAUUCCUUGCUUCCAAGUGGGAUUUAAAAUUUGCCAAAAGUACACCAACACUCACAACACAAAACUGCAGUGCGGCAUGACCGUAUUGGGUGCAAAGUCAGACAAGUUUGUUCCACCUGGAUGUUUGGAUGCUUGGAAUCUAGAAAUUGAACCCAGUCGUCGAUUCAAAAAGAUUGUAGUUUCAGGAGGUCACAUGCACAUUAUGUCAUCAAAGAAUAAAUGUUUUAAUGAAGUCCAGACCGCUCUAAGAGAUGCAUUUGGGGUCUAAUCUAAUCAAGUUAUAGAUACAAACAUUUUUAAUAGGUUUAAUUUUUUUUAUCACAAUUUGGAUAUUGUUAGCCUAAAUAUUAUAAUAAUUUCUUUUAUCGACAAUACCGUAUUUGUUUUAAAAAGGUCCCGCAUACAAAUUCAAUGGAAGCAACAUAAUUCACUACGCGGUCUAUUCAUGUUCUAUUCCAAUAGAAUUACAUCUAACCUGAUUUGGAUGAAUAAGUCUUAAGGGGCGUUUAAAUAUUUCAAUAUAUAGGCAUUCAUUUUACACCCCCCAAAAUAAACGCCUUUUUUCGAAUAAACGCCUUCCUUGAAUAAACGACCCCUCAAAAUCGCCUCUCAACAAUAAACGCUCCGAGGCGUAUAUUUGAAUAAAUAUGGUAUAUGUUUUCAUUAUGUUGAGUUAAGUCUCUUGAGCUGUGUAGACGUGUAGCUUGAUUACGUAUUGCAGGCCUAGGAGGAAACAUAAUAGAUGUUAGGUUAUCAUACAGCAACAAAAAUGAUGGUUAAUCUAUAAAUUGUAGGCCUAUAUUAUAUAAUUGUUAUAAUUUUUAAAUGUAUAAAAUCUAGACUUUAGAAUACAUAGUUUUGUACACAGUACACGAAAGCUCACAAGUUUGAAUAAUACUUUACGAUAAUGAUUGUUCUUAAUAAUUGAAGAGUACACGGGAGUUAGGUAGAUUGUUGUAUACAAUAUAAAUAAUAUCAUAAUAUUGCCUCAUUUAAACUACUGUCAAUUAGUGGAACAAAUGUAUUCCAAAUAAUACAUUUUUUCCCUAAAAUAUAUAUUGGAUGUUACAGUAUACUGUAUAUCAUUUGAUUAUUAUUUAGUUAUUUUGAAUUUAUGCGAUACUUGUACUAGAGUACAACGUACUAUUUUCCUGCCUUGAUAUUAUUUUUGUAUUAUCGAGAUACUGUUUAACAAAUGAUUUCUCACGCACCAACAUUUCAAAAUAUUAACUUUGUAACAUUGAGGCAAAUACUAUUUUGACAGGAUAAGACAUAGUAACUUCAGACAUGCCACUCAAUAAUCUGUAAUAGGCACCCCUCUAAAAUAUGAAUCGCUCUUAAAUAGGCCGUAGUGCCGCACAACAGAUAAAGCCUGAAAUUUACAAGUGUCACGGUAAAUUUUGUUUGGUAUUUGGUUGAUGAAAUCUCGCAUAUUUAAAAUAUAUUGUGCAUGUUGAAUUGUUGGGAGAGAGAAGAAGAUAAAGAAGAAGAAAAGAAAAAAAAAUCCGUAUUGUAUUAGAUGUUACGGUGUAAUAUUUGAUUAUUAAUUCUAGUCUUUAGCCUAUCGUACCUUAUUAACAUUGUUUUACUGAGAAAUUUCAGAAAAGAGAUUUUAAUAAUUUCACAUUUAUAUAAAACUCUAUUUAGCAAGUAUAGUGGUGUACGUGUGUGCGCAAUACGCAGCGGCAAAUAUUUUUGUCAUUCAGUCAACAGACCUUUCCGGAGUGUCAAUCAAACUUAACAACUGACCAAUCAUAACAGCGCUAGGAAUACGCGCUUGUCUCACAAACACACGUGACGUGUUGUCCCACA